AAAAAACAUAUCUUUAGGUUUCUUACAGGCACCUCAGAUGACUGGGGGGGCUUAAACUUCUGCUGUCAACACGAAGUGAGUUGACUUGUGGAUCCUUUGCCUACUAAACUUAGAACAUCCGAGGCGACUUCCUGGUCAUGUACCCAGUAGACCUGCCAGCUGUGGUCACUGACCUGACCUCUACCUCUGAACAUUAUCUUUCCUCUUUGGAUGCAAGAUCUGGCCAUAAUGAGUGGUUUCAGUCAACAAAGACCUCGAAGGUAGCAAUAACAGCAGCAAAUAUCAGCCGGCUGCAGCUGUUUGAGGAUGAGCAGCCUGCCUGCGCCGUGCUGGCCCUUCAUCCUCCAGACGACCAAACUCAGGGUUGGAAACCUAACACGCUUCUUCUCCGCCUGUGCUGCCCGCCAAACCGGGCUGACACUCUCUGCUGUUUCCUUCCAGUCGUGGCUUUGUACCUGUACGGGAAGUGGUGGAGUUUGGAUGACGUGCUGCGAACAUCAAACCAGUCCAGAUGUGGACUGGUGUCGGUGCGGUCCAUUAUGGAGCGGGUGGUGGUGUUCCUGCUCAGCCGGGUGGUGGAGAGGCGCUCACUUGGGGAGGCUUCGUUCUCUCUGCACCCCCGCACAGAGAGCUGCAAAGUGCUUUGGAGGGACGAGCGGGCGGUCGGCUUCUACUCCGUCAAACACAAAGGCAGCCUGUGUGACGGCUGGAGCAGCUGCUGCUACCUGCUGCCCGUCCUGGACACGGUGCUGGUCAGGAGGAGCUGCCGGAGGAGAGGCUUCGGCCGGCUGAUGCUGCAGGAUUUCUGCUCUACGUUCCCCUCCGAGGGAGUCCUGGGAGUCAGCUCUCCAGUUUCCCCCAGCAUGGCAGCAGUGUGCAGGAGCUUCCUGCAGCGGCAUGAGGAGUUUCGGGAGCGUCUGUACGAGGUGGAGGCCCCGGGGGGCUGGGCCCAGCGCAGAAACAUCUGGCUUAGCAUCCAGCUCGGCCGCUACCCCCUCGGCAUUAAAGAGGAGAGUGGCACAGCAUCAGAAAAAACCCAGACUGAUAUGAGAGAGAUCUCGCUGCAGCAGACCCCACCGAGCACCGGUAACACGAGCGCCCCUCUGCUGCAGGCCUCCGCCGGGCCGCGGAUUAAACCUCCCCACGCGAACCGAGCGGAGACCUCCCCGAGCAGCCCGCCCUCUGGGACAGGAUGUAGCCCAGCAGCCCACGCUGGGGACCCCGAGCCGCUCGCCGGGCCCCAAAUCACAGAGCAGGCGCUGAAAUCCAAGGCGGCAAAACGCAGCAGCGAGGAGCCAGAGGAAAUGCAAAGACGGGUCAGAAGAUCCAGAUCUACAUAUUUGGCCAAUAAGCAACAAUAGGCCACACCACUGAAGUGAUCAACGUCCAUCUAAACCCUUUAAGUGACUGUAUAUACUCUGAUACUCACAACUGUCAAAUGAAAGCUGAGAUUUUAGUCUCUUUUAGAUAUUUUUCAGUCCAUAUUCUGAGCAAUCUGAGACCGCCGAGCAAAAUGAGUAAAGAGGGAGGGACCACAGAUGUUGUGAACAGAUGUAUAUAUUACUGAAUCUGUGUUUAAAUUUAACUUUUUAAAGGAAUAAUUCAACUCUCAGUGAUCAUCUCAGCAAAUCAAAAGGAAUUUUAACAGAUGAAUACUCUGACAAAAGCAUUUGAAAGUAAAUAGGCCUGAAAAAUGUUGAUAAAAAUUCAUUAUAAUGAAGAUUAAUGAUGAAGCUGAGGCAUUGUUAACAUUUUCCAAUAAAGAGAAGGAGAGUAUCUUUUGGUAGCUUAUUCGUGAAGUUGAUCUAGUUUUUUCACGUUUAAAGACAACCAACGAGCGUUUUUUGGCAUGAAUGUCACCGCCUCCGGGACGUGGUCUGUGACAAACCGAGCGCUUCUCUGCUGCGCAGACGUAGGAACAGGAAGUUUUGGAAACAGGAAAAAUCUCUGACGGAACUAAAACGAAGGUUUUUCUGGAAGAUGAGCCGAAUUUAUCACAACACGUCUUUACAAAACAAACCGGUGCACAAUGAGAAGUUUGACCGCGCGUGGUCGCCGUCAACUUACGAAAGUGGACCUGGAGUCCUCUUGGAGGGACAGCUACUGGAUGUUUCCCGACAUUCCAUCAGCGACACCAGCGGCCAAAAGGUCCGUUUCUACGUGCUGUACAUCAGACCCGGCCGCGUCCAUCAGAGGAAGUUUGACGCCGGCGGGAAGGAGGUCGAGCCCAACUUCAGCGACACCAGAAAGGUCAACACCGGCUUCCUCAUGUCCUCCUACAAGGUGGCAGAUAAAGGGGAGACGGACCGUCUGUCUGAGGAGCAGCUCUCGGCCGCGGUGAACAAGUCCGAGCUGGUGAAGAUCACCGACCAGCACCGGCCAGCCGGGACGUGGGCUUUCUGGUACCCCGAGGCAGAGAUGGACACAACCGAGCUGGAAACGGGACAGGAAGUACGACUGAAGACCAGAGGAAACAGCCCCUUCAUAUUUUCUCUGGCGAAAGUGGACAGUGGAACGGUGACAAAGUGCAACUUUGCUGGAGAUCAAAAGGCCGGAGCCUCGUGGACGGACAAGAUUAUGGCCAACAAGGCAGAUGUCAGCAGCCCUGAGACGCCCGGAGGAGGAGGAGGAGGAGGAGAGGGAGCAGAGGAAGAUGAAUGGGAUGAUUGAGGACUCGUGGGC